CUUCAAGUUAUCUCCUAGCUGCAGGCAGCCACCCGAGGAGCAUCCAGGGGCCUUGGGGUGGAGAGGCCAGACAGGAAGCUUUGGACAGCCUGAGCCAUACACAGCCCCAACCUCACAGACGCAUGGCGCUCCUUCAGCUGCUCCUCUUUGCCAUGCUGGCUGCCUGUGGCUUCUCAGAGGAGCAGACAGAAGGCAUCACCAUUGCCUACAAAGUACUGGAAGUUUAUCCCCAAAGCCGGAGGGUGCUUAUAACCUGCGAUGCCCCUGAGGCGUCCCAGCCCAUCACAUACUCUCUCCUGGCUAGCCGAGGUAUCCUGGUGGCAAAAAAGGUUGUGCAUGACUCCGUGCCGGCCUCCUUCAACAUCAAUAUCACCAUCAAGUCCAGCCCAGACCUGCUCACCUACUCCUGCCAGGCAACCUCGAACUCUGGCACCUAUGGACCCAGCAGCAGGCUCCAGAUGUACCAGGAACUGUGGGCUAAGCCAGUGUCUCAGCUGCAGGCUGACUUCGUCCUACGCCAUGGGGACUCGGGCCCCACUGUGGAGCUGUCCUGCCUGGCAUCCUCAGGCAGCCCCCCCAUCACCUACCGCUUGGUGGGGAAUGGUGGGCGUGUUCUUGCACAGCAAAGGCCACUUCAUGGAAAACCAGCCAACUUCUCCCUCCCGCUGUCCCAGACCACUGGUUGGUUCCAGUGCGAAGCUGAAAACGAUGUCGGUGUGGACAGCAGUGCCCGCAUCCCGCUGCCCCGAGGUGAGCUGGUCCUUCCUGGCCUGGAGCAGGGAGUUGUGAGGUGGUUGGGGCUGAAUCUGGCCACUGCGCAGGGCAGGGCAGGCCUAGGGGUUGCCGCACGCCUUCUUUGCCCCUUUCAUAGCAGAGGCCCGAGCCAAGCUGGUGACCACCCUCGCAGGGGAGCUGCCCCUGACACCCACCUGUAUUCUGGCUGGCAGCCUCGUCUCCAUAGCCGUUAUUGCUUCCAGGAUGCUGAGCUCGACCGGGUUGUGACCGGAAGACAGAGCCAUGGGCUUGCCUCCCUGCCCUGUACAAGAACCCACCAAUGGAGCAAAAGAGAGCCUGAGGUGUGGGGGUAGAAAAGGGGGGUUCAGGGCUGGAGAGAUGGCUCAGUUACAGCACUGACUGUUCUUCCAGAGGUCCCGAGUUCAAUUCCCAUAAUGUA